AUGGAUAAUGGUGCCACUUCCUCAUUCGUGCCCUCCUGGCCAAAGCAGCCGCAUAUCGAUGGUGGAUGCUUCUUGCCCAAUGACGAUGGCACAAGAACUCCUUAUCCAAAAAAGCCCCCCCCAGUCUGUUCUGGAUAUUUUCAAGGCCACCUAUGGACAGACUUUCACGCUAAAGAAUGCAAAAGACGUGAAGAGCGCGAGUGGUGGUACUCCUUACCAGGGGCCCGUGUGAUUGAAUUUUGCUGCGUCGAAGGGAAAUUCUGGAUGGAAGAAGAACUGCCUAUCGCACUUUAUGUGUGUCAAGAAUCCAGGAAAACGGCCCUCGAAGUCUACAAAUUACUCAAUUUCGAGCCUGAAAAUACAACGGAAAUCACUUGCUUUGACUACGAACUCGAUAUACUAUAUCUGGGUGUCGGAAAUAUCUCAAACUGUCAAUUUCUGUUGGUCGAAAUGCUACGACGUGAAAUUAAGCGAGGAGACUUGGAACUAGUUCAGAAUGUCGCGAUUGACAACGACCCUUUCAGUCAGCUACUUUGGGUCGAAUUCAAACCGUAUCUCCACCUACAAUCUUCAAGAGAUGAUUGCCUCCAUCUUGGCAGCUUAUUUCCUGCCUUACAUUCGCUGACUUCGGUCGUGAUACCUCCUGCGACUGUGCCUCUGAUUUAUCAGCUCAGAUCUUGGAACUAUUCUGUGGAUAUUAUAAUUGCUAAUGAUGGCGAUUCUGGUAAAGAAUUUCGGCCGUGGAUGGUAGAGAACAACGGAGAUCUUCUCUCGUUGACAAUUCCUCUUGGACGAGCGACUUGGGAGGUUCAGAUAUCCGACGUUUGGAGGUACAUUGAGCUUCAUGGUCCAACGGAUACAACUCUACGCAUUGUUUCUUUAGACCGAUUAGAAAGAGACACGAAGUGGAGAACCCGAAGGGAUUAUCUGAAUAAUUUGAUCUACUUCGGCGGCCAUGUGUGCUUGUUUGAGGCCACCGCAGAGCUUCGGAGACUCCUUCAUCUACGUGAGAAUGAUCAAAAUCUAUAUCGAGCAGUCGGGCACGUUCUUGCGCGAAGUUUUUAUUGUGAGGGAUCAUUGAAGCGCUUGACAAAGAUUGAUCCAGACGCAUUUGUUGAUCCAAUUACAACAUAUGGGUGGACAAGAUAUUGCGAUUGUCAAUCUGAGCAUGGAAAUAUUUGGGUAACACCCUGGUCAUCUUGUAGAACAGAUCGGUUCUUUCUCACGGAUGAGGGAUUUGAUAUUCUAGAAGAGAUGCGGAAGAUACAUACCCUUGACAUCAUGAGUGACACGAGCCUUGGCGAAAAGAGGAUGUCCAAAUGGUGGUCUAAACGCGAUGUACUGAUGUUUCCAGCUGGUCGAGAUACCUCGCUGACUCGGCGCCUCUCAAUGUAA